GUAACACUUAUCCUCUUGAGUGAUCUUAAGUGCAAUUUUGUUGUUUGGCCGUGUGUCACGUGGAUUGCCAGUCGUGUUCGCACCGAUUCUUGGCUCUCAGCCAUGGCCCGGACCAAGGGCCAUGACAAAGCGCCAACCGGCGGAGGCCAAGGCACAAGGGCUUCAAGGGCCUCAGGCCGAGGAGUGAAGCGAGUCAAGCGGCCAAGUGCCUUUCUCGAGGAUGACGAUUCCGACCACAUUGAGAAGGAUUUCCACCCGACCAUGGCGGACCCGACUGGGACGACAUCCAGUUCGACUACCGUCCGUCCCGACUGUGAGGCGAAGGCCGCGAGCAGUCCCCAGGCUCCCGCGAAAGCUUCCAAAGCAUUGGCAGAGUUGAACAACCCUGGCCCGAGCGCUCCUAGUGCUAGCAGCGCUGAGCUCAUAAAGCAGGCUCCAAACCACAGCGGUCCAAACCCCGAAAGUUCCAUUGCUUCAUCUUUGCUUCAUGCGCCUUCAGCGACGGAGCGCGCGCUGUCGCAGCCCGUGGGGCCAGGAGCAAUGCGACUUAGGGAGAAGACGUCCGUCCCAAAGAAGGCUGUGGCCGUCGUCGGGCCUCAAAAGAGAUCAGAGAGCCCAGGGAGCGAGAUGUCCUCGGUUUCUCACAUUGAGGACAGCCCCCAUGAUGAACUUGCUGAAUUCGAGUGCCUUUGGAAGGGCGCGCAGGAGAAGAUCGAGCCAAAGAUCCUCUAUAUCGUGGACAAUGAGAGUGGGAUAGUUUUGACGAUCACACGUGAACUGCGGACAAGUGUUCAUGCCUUUAGAUAUGGGCAUCUCGUUUGGUCUUCGGAAUUUUCAAAGAUCGAAAAGAAGGCCCUGGGUCAAGGCUUUGUCGCAUUCGCCACGCACCAUCAUGUUCACGUGCUGAGUUCAGCUAGCGGAAUGGCAAUUUUUCCACCAUUGCGCUUGAAAGAACCACUGGAACAGAUGCACAUUCAGCAUGGCUUCCUGCUGCUGCUGUGUCGAGCUGGGGAGAUCAAAGUGAUAGACAUAGCAUUGCGGACGACAAUUGCAGAAACUUCCCUCCAAGAUCUUUGCGAACCCACUGAGUUAUCCGAAGAGUCCCUUCAGCUGAAUGACAAAGGAGAACUCUCUUUGUAUUUGACAAACCGGCAGCUGCAGUUUGAUACGCGCUUGAGGUUGUGGAUGCAACAGAGGUUGGAAAGUGGAGAUAGCCUAAAAAGGGCCGACAUUUUAGAAUCACAGGAGCAGAGAUGACACAUGAAAUAUAUACGAUGAAU